AUGUCUGGACAUGUCAAAGUUUGUGACAUCAAAGAUGAUGUAAAAGAUGCAUUAAAAAAAUUUAGAUUUCGUAAAAAUGAAAAUAAUGCUGCCUUAAUAUUAAAAGUAGAUCGUGAAAAACAAGAAAUAUGUAUUGAUGAAAUUUUAGAGGAUAUUAGCAUUGAUGAGUUGAGAGAAUCUUUACCUAGUCAUCAACCUAGGUACAUAGUAUACAGCUAUAAAAUGACGCACAAUGAUGGUCGAAUAUCAUACCCUAUGUGUUUUAUAUAUUUUACACCUAGAGCUCUCCAAAAAGAAGCCGAUUUAACGAGGGUUUAUGAAAUUAGGGAACUUGAUGAAUUAACUGAAGAUUGGCUUCAAGAAAAAUUAAGCAAAUAA